UCCACCGGUCCAGGUCUGCCCCUCCGCCGCGAUAGUUCACGCUCGAGGCGGGGCUGUGCCGGAAGUUGCCUCUACUUCCGCCCGUUCCAGGGCGGGGCUUACUUCGCAGCGACUACUUGCCGCACUUCCGGGCUGCAAGGCAGCUGCUGUGGCUCCAGGAUGAUGGAGACAGAGCGACUUGUGCUACCUCCUCCAGAUCCCCUGGACCUACCCCUUCGGGCCGUGGAGCUCGGAUGCACGGGGCACUGGGAGCUGCUGAACUUGCCUGGAGCUCCAGAGAGUAGCCUUCCCCAUGGCCUCCCUCCUUGUGCCCCAGAUCUGCAGCAAGAAGCAGAACAGUUGUUUCUGUCAUCCCCAGCCUGGCUGCCUCUGCAUGGUGUGGAGCACUCAGCCCGAAAAUGGCAGAGGAAGACGGAUCCCUGGUCUCUUUUGGCUGUCCUGGGAGCCCCAGUCCCAUCCGACCUACAGGCCCAAAGACACCCAACCACAGGCCAGAUACUGGGUUACAAAGAGGUCUUGCUGGAGAACACAAAUCUCUCGGCCACAACCUCCUUGUCUCUUCGCCGGCCUCCAGGGCCAGCCUCCCAGUCCUUAUGGGGAAAUCCAACUCAGUAUCCCUUCUGGCCAGGGGGGAUGGAUGAACCCACCAUAACAGAUCUGAACACACGGGAGGAGGCUGAGGAGGAGAUAGACUUUGAGAAAGAUCUUCUUACUAUUCCACCUGGUUUCAAGAAAGGCAUGGACUUUGCACCAAAAGAUUGUCCAACUCCAGCUCCUGGACUGCUAAGCCUUAGCUGUCUGUUGGAACCUCUGGAUUUGGGUGGAGGUGACGAGGAUGAGAAUGAGGCAGUGGGACAGCCAGGAGGUCCCAGAGGGGACGCUGUUUCAGCCUCUCCCUGCAGUGCUCCCCUGGCCCGAGCAAGCAGCUUGGAGGACCUAGUGUUGAAGGAAGCGUCCACAGCUGUAUCCACCCCAGAGGCCCCAGAGCCUCCAUCUCAGGAGCAGUGGGCCAUCCCUGUGGACGCCACCUCCCCUGUUGGUGAUUUCUAUCGCCUCAUUCCCCAGCCAGCCUUCCAGUGGGCAUUUGAGCCAGAUGUGUUUCAGAAACAGGCCAUCCUGCACUUGGAGCGGCAUGACUCUGUCUUUGUCGCAGCUCACACAUCUGCAGGAAAAACAGUUGUGGCUGAAUAUGCCAUUGCCCUGGCCCAGAAACACAUGACACGCACCAUCUACACUUCGCCCAUCAAGGCCCUGAGCAACCAGAAGUUCCGGGACUUCCGAAACACAUUCGGGGAUGUGGGGCUGCUCACCGGGGAUGUACAGCUGCACCCGGAGGCCUCCUGCCUCAUCAUGACCACGGAGAUCCUUCGCUCCAUGCUGUACAGUGGCUCAGAUGUUAUUCGGGACCUGGAGUGGGUCAUCUUUGAUGAGGUUCACUAUAUCAACGAUGCCGAGCGUGGGGUCGUGUGGGAGGAGGUGCUUAUCAUGCUACCUGACCACGUUUCUAUCAUCCUUCUGAGUGCCACCGUCCCCAACGCCCUUGAGUUUGCUGACUGGAUUGGGCGACUGAAGCGUCGUCAGAUCUAUGUGAUUAGCACUGUAACCCGCCCCGUGCCCCUGGAGCACUAUCUUUUCACAGGGAACAGCUCCAAGACCCAGGGGGAGCUCUUUUUGUUGCUGGACUCCCGAGGAGCCUUCCAUACAAAAGGGUACUAUGCAGCUGUGGAGGCCAAGAAGGAGAGAAUGAGCAAACACGCCCAGACCUUUGGGGCCAAGCAGCCCACACAUCAGGGGGGCCCUGCACAGGACCGCGGAGUGUACCUGUCCCUCCUGGCCUCCCUCCGCACACGUGCCCAGUUGCCCGUGGUGGUGUUCACCUUCUCCCGGGGCCGCUGUGAUGAGCAGGCCUCAGGCCUCACCUCCCUUGACCUCACCACCAGUUCGGAGAAGAGCGAGAUCCACCUCUUCCUGCAGCGCUGCCUUGCUCGCCUCCGUGGCUCUGACCGCCAGCUGCCCCAGGUCCUGCACAUGUCAGAGCUCCUGAAUCGCGGCCUGGGUGUGCACCAUAGCGGCAUCCUGCCCAUCCUCAAGGAGAUCGUGGAGAUGCUCUUCAGCCGUGGCCUGGUCAAGGUCUUGUUUGCCACAGAGACCUUUGCCAUGGGAGUAAACAUGCCUGCUCGUACAGUAGUGUUUGACUCCAUGCGCAAACACGAUGGCUCCACCUUCCGGGACCUGCUCCCUGGGGAGUAUGUGCAGAUGGCAGGCCGGGCAGGGCGGAGGGGCCUGGACCCCACAGGCACCGUUAUCCUGCUCUGCAAGGGCCGAGUGCCCGAGAUGGCAGACCUGCACCGCAUGAUGAUGGGGAAGCCGUCCCAGCUGCAGUCCCAGUUCCGCCUCACGUACACUAUGAUCCUCAACUUGCUGCGAGUGGAUGCCCUCAGGGUGGAGGACAUGAUGAAGAGGAGCUUCUCUGAGUUUCCCUCCCGCAAAGACAGCAAGGCCCAUGAACAGGCCCUGGCUGAACUGACCAAGAAGCUGGGAGCUUUGGAGGAGCCUGACAUGACUGGCCAACUGGUCGACCUGCCUGAAUAUUACAGCUGGGGGGAGGAACUGACAGAGACCCAGCACAUGAUCCAGCGACGCAUCAUGGAGUCUGUGAACGGGCUGAAGUCUCUCUCAGCAGGAAGGGUGGUGGUUGUGAAGAAUCAGGAGCAUCACAACGCAUUGGGAGUGAUCCUACAGGUCUCCUCGAACUCCACCAGCAGAGUAUUCACAACCCUGGUCUUGUGUGAUAAGCCCUUGUCCCAGGACGCACAGGACAGGGGGCCAGCCACUGCAGAGGUGCCCUAUCCAGAUGACCUCGUGGGAUUCAAGCUGUUCCUGCCUGAAGGGCCUUGUGACCACACCGUGGUCAAGCUCCAGCCAGGAGAUAUUGCUGCCAUCACCACCAAGGUGCUCCGGGUGAAUGGGGAGAAGAUCUUGGAGGACUUCAGCAAGAGGCAGCAGCCAAAAUUCAAGAAGGAUCCUCCCCUUGCAGCUGUGACCACUGCUGUCCAGGAACUGCUGCGUCUGGCUCAGGCCCACCCAGCCGGACCCCCCACCCUCGACCCUGUCAAUGACCUGCAGCUCAAAGAUAUGUCAGUUGUAGAGGGUGGGCUCCGGGCCCGGAAGCUGGAGGAGCUGAUCCAGGGGGCUCAGUGUGUACACAGCCCCCGUUUUCCUGCCCAGCCCUUGUCUUCAGUGCACCCCUGCUAAGGGGCAAGGAGAAGGCUGACGGGUGGCUCUCUGCAGUACCUGAAGCUGCAGGAGCGGAUGCAGAUACAGAAGGAGAUGGAGCGGCUGCGCUUCCUACUGUCGGAUCAGUCACUGCUGCUGCUUCCUGAGUACCAUCAGCGAGUGGAGGUGGGUGGGGCAGUGGUUGGGGCAGGGGGGCUAGGGGACAGCAGUGUGUCCAAUGCCCACCCUUUUUCUUGCAGGUGCUCCGAACCCUGGGUUACGUGGACGAGGCGGGCACUGUGAAGCUGGCAGGGCGGGUGGCUUGUGCCAUGAGCAGCCAUGAGUUGCUCCUCACUGAGCUCAUGUUUGACAAUGCACUGAGCACCCUGCGGCCUGAGGAGAUUGCUGCCUUGCUCUCUGGCCUGGUCUGCCAGAGCCCUGGGGACGCUGGGGAUCAGCUCCCAAACACCCUCAAGCAGGUAGGGGACACCACCCCUUUCUCCCUGCCAGGGCUGUGGCAUUCCUGACCUUCACCUUCAGGUAGUCCCCCAGGUGACCCCCUCCAGCCCUGUAAGUGCCUCAAGGAUGGAAAAUGGCUGCCUUCUUGAUCUGGUCCUUCCCUGUCCUGGAGCAGGAAGGCAGGCCUUAACCUCUCCUUCUUUCCUGCAGGGAAUAGAACGUGUCCGGGCUGUGGCCAAGCGGAUUGGUGAGGUCCAGGUGGCUUGUGGCCUGAACCAGACGGUGGAGGAAUUUGUGGGGGAGCUGAAUUUUGGGCUGGUUGAGGUUGUGUAUGAGUGGGCCCGGGGCAUGGUGAGUACCUGAGGUUUGGGAUUUUGCAGACGGCUGGCUGGGGAGAGUCUGCCCAGGCUGAGCGCAUCCAGUCCUCACCUUACUUUCCCCACAGCCCUUCUCCGAGUUGGCAGGGCUCUCAGGGACCCCUGAGGGCCUGGUGGUCCGCUGCAUUCAGCGCCUGGCUGAGAUGUGUCGCUCACUGCGGGGGGCAGCCCGCCUGGUAGGAGAGCCUGUGCUGGGUGCCAAGAUGGAGACAGCGGCUACCUUGCUACGGCGGGACAUCGUAUUUGCGGCCAGCCUCUACACCCAGUGAAUGCCCCAUGUAAAAAUGUGAUGAUAAAACAGCAAACCAC